AUGAAUUUUGAGGGAAAUAGUCAAAAUUACCCAACAAGCUUCAACUACGCUCAACCUAGUCAAUCAAACUUCUCAACUGAACCAAUUAACCAACAAAAUUAUGGUGAAUAUGGUUCAGGAUGUGGUUAUUCUCAUCAGUCAACACCCGGAGGAGGCAGGAGCACAGACGAAAAUUAUGCACUUGAUGACGAUGCAGACGACGAUGAUGAGGAGGAGGAAUUGGAUGUUCCAUGCACCCAAAUGAACUACACCGAUCUCCUAACACAGCCAACCUUCCAAUCUGCACCUCAUCCCACUCCUAAACCCACUGAAGAGCCCGAUAAAAAAAUUUGGGAUGAUGCAGAGACAACUGCUUUAAUCUCUGUGUACAUGAACACAACCAACGAUCAAAUUAUCGGAACAAAUCAAAAAUCAAAUGUAUUUUGGCAAAGGGUUCUAGCGUCCUACGAAGAUGCAAGAAAAUCAAACCCGAAGGAGAUCCCCAUCAGAACCGUUGGUAGUCUGAAGGGGCGGUGGUUAAGAAUUGCUCCGGCAGUUGUCAAGUGGUGUGGUAGCAUCGACAAGGCAAGGAUGUGUAGUGGGCAAAAUGCUGAUGAUGUGAUUGCUGAGGCCCACAAGAUCCAUAAGAACUCAUAUGGGAAGUUCCAGUUCUAUAAAGAGUGGCUCCAACUUAAGAAGUGGGAUAGAUAUUGUUCUAUUCUUGAGCAAAAAGUUCAUGUGUUAGGACGUGGUCGUCCAUCAAAGAAGCCUACGAUGGUUAAUACCCCGGAGAGCGAUAGCAGCGGAAAGAGAUCAAGGGAUGAAGAUGGUGGAUUAACACCAAAUACACCAACAAGUGGAGACGUUUUUACUGAUGAGUUUGUACCACGUCCUGAUGAUUCGAAGAAGGCUAAGUCGAGGUUGAAGGGCAAGGAAGUAACAACUCAAGCACUUGAUACUUUCGAAUCAUUUGGUGACAAACUUAAACUGUACGGCGAGAUGAGGGAUAAGGCCGUGGACAGAGAUUUGGAAAGGCUCGAGUUGGAGAAGAAGAAAGAAGCUAGAAAACAAAAGCAAAUUGAGCUAAAGGAGAGAAACAUUCAGAUGCAACAAUAUAAAAUGAAUUGGGACCUGCUCCAACAAUUGCUUGCCAAAGAAGUUCGUGCCCCGUGGGAAGAUCAGAUGAUCAUCGAACUCCAAGAAUACCUCAGCAAAUUUAAGGCAUUUUAA